AAAAAUUGACUUAAUCAGAGAUGACUUGGAAUUUGUUGCUCAACUAUGGAGUUAAGCUUUUAAGCUUUACCAUAAAGUCAUAAAAUGGUCUAUAAAUUGAGGGUUGCUUUUGUUCCAUCGAUACUUGAAUAUUCAUUCACCAUGACAUUCAGCUUCCUUCAAUUCAUCAUCCUCUCAAUUUUGAUAUUAAAAACCUCCACACAAGUGCAUGCAUUUAGAAACAAUGUGACUGAUCACCAAGCUUUGCUCUCCUUCAAGGCUUCGAUAAAAGAUGAUCCCUUGGGUGCACUAGACUCGUGGAACAAUUCCAUUCAUUUCUGUCACUGGAAUGGCGUUACAUGCAGUGCUAGACGAGAGAGGGUGGUAUCACUCAACCUCAGCUCACAACACUUGGUCGGUUCAUUGUCUCCUCAUAUCGGAAACCUCUCCUUUAUUAGGCUAAUGGACAUCCAUGAAAACGAGUUUCAUGGCCUAAUCCCGGAUGAAAUUGGUCGACUGUUUCGUCUACAACAUCUUGCUCUGGGGAACAAUUCUUUCCGAGGUGAAUUUCCAGCUAAUUUGAGUCAUUGUGUAAAUAUACUAAGAAUCGGAAUGUCUGGCAACAAUCUCCAAGGAAAACUCCCUGUUGGGUUCAGCUCAUGGCCUAAACUCAAUGAGAUUAGACUUGGGAAUAAUCAUUUCACCGGAUCAAUUCCACCUUCAAUAGGAAAUAUAACAAAUCUUCGUUAUCUUGGUCUGGGCCGUAAUAAUCUAGCAGGGAGCAUACCUUCAGAAAUUGCUCAUCAUACAAAAUUAGAGAUUCUUAUAUUACAAGGCAAUCGUUUGUCCGGUAUGGUCCCUGUAAAACUUUUUAACAUUUCAUCCCUCCGUGUGUUCAGUUUAGCCAAUAAUGAUCUUCAAGGAACGCUUCCACCAGAUUGGGGCUCCAUCCUUCCUAAUCUGGAAUCAUUUUACGCGGGGGUCAAUAGAAUUUCAGGACAGCUUUCCCCAUCAAUAGCUAAUGCAUCCAGUCUUGUUAACUUCGACGUCCUAGGAAACAGUAUAACAGGGCCUAUACAGAACAAUUUUGGUCUCCUUCCUAAUCUUCAGUUACUAAGCUUGGGUCAAAAUCCACUUGGAGACAACUUGGAUGACUUAAGUUUCAUCAAUUCUUUGGUCAAUUGUACGCGUCUGUGGAUACUAACCUUACACGAGAGUAACUUAAGAGGGGAGCUUCCGAGUUCCAUUGUGAAUCUCUCCCAGACUCUGGAGGAGUUGUACAUGUAUGGAAACCACAUUUAUGGACGCGUACCUCCUGAAAUUAGAAACUUGGAAAACAUGAUAGUGCUUGAAUUGGAUGAUAACCGAUUAACGGGGAGCAUUCCAGAGUCAAUUGGAGAGCUCUCACAGUUAAACGGAAUGGAUUUGAGUGGAAACAACAUUUCAGGAGUCAUUCCCACUUCCAUUGGAAAUUUAACUCAAUUAAUCGGUCUGGCUGUAUAUGAUAAUAUGCUCGAGGGAAGCAUUCCCACUCGGUUGUUUAACAUCUCUACUAUGGAGAAUGUGGCCCUGGCUAACAACAGGCUUGGAGGUGAAAUUCCUGAGCAGAUUGGUUUUUGGUCCCGGUGCCUUAGCCUUGAUCUGUCCCAAAAUCUAUUCACCGGGGUGCUUCCAUCUCGCGUUGGAAGGUUGAAACAAUUAGUUCAACUCGAUGUUUCGUACAACAAAUUAACAGGAGGUAUACCCGUGACUCUGGGUGAAUGUGUGAUGCUUGAGGAGCUAUACAUGGAAGCAAAUCUUUUUCAAGGUAAAAUUCCGUCUUCCUUCAAAGCAUUAAAAAAUCUUGCAGUUCUAGAUCUAUCAACAAAUAAUCUCUCUGGGGAUAUCCCGAGAUUUUUUGAUAAUUUUCAUAUGAUAUUUCUCAACUUGUCACACAACAAGCUUGGAGGUGAAGUGUCAAGAAAAGGGCUUUUUUCAAACGCAAGUGCAUUUUCGGUCGUUGGAAAUCUUGAACUUUGUGGGGGUAUUCAAGCAUUGCAGUUUCCUGCUUGUCCUGUAAAAGUCUUGGGAAGUAGGAAAAAAACAUUUCCCCUGAGAAUGAUACUACUCAUAGUUCUUGUACCCCUCGGCGUCUUGUUAGCAUGCCUUGCCUUUAUUUGUCUUCGUCGUCGAAAUUCCAAGAAGUUGGAUGACCCUGCCUUGGUGUUGAGGGGAGACCAAUUUCCUAAACUUUCAUACCAAGAUCUUCGCCUAGCUACAAAUGAGUUUUCCGUGGAUAAUUUUUUAGGUCAAGGAAGAUAUGGUUCAGUUUACAAAGGAGUUCUCGAAUCAGGGGAAGACAUAGUUGCUGUGAAGGUACUGAAUAUUGAAGUACGUGGAGCCAACAAGAGUUUUUUGGCAGAGUGUGAAACAUUGAGGAAUAUUCGUCAUCGGAAUCUUCUCAAGAUCAUCACAGCAUGCUCUAGCACUGAUUUUAAGGGCAAUGACUUCAAGGCAUUGGUUUUUGAGUUCAUGACUAAUGGGAGUGUGGACGACUGGUUGCAUCCGACGCCUUCCUAUCAAGGGAAUGAAAGAAACUUAAAUCUACUCCGGAGAUUAAGUAUUGUCAUUGAUGUUGCACUUGGAGUCGAUUACCUACAUCACCACAGUCAUGCAAGUAUCAUACAUUCUGACCUAAAGCCAAGUAAUAUUCUUCUUGAUGAGGAUUUUAUCGCUCAUAUUGGUGAUUUUGGUUUAGCGAGGAUUUCUUUUGCUACUACAAAUGAAAUCAAUCAAACACAAAUGAGUUCAACUGGUAUACGUGGAACAAUUGGUUAUGUUCCCCCAGAGUAUGGAAUGGGUGGCGAGAUAUCCAUAAAAGGAGAUGUAUAUAGCUAUGGAAUUCUUCUUUUAGAAAUUUUCUCGGGGAAACGACCUACUGAAAGGAGCAUAUUCAUUGAUGGUGAUAGUAAUCUUCAUGACUAUGUGAGAAGGGCACUCCCACAUAGUGUGAUGGACAUUGCUGACCCCCGAAUUGUACUAGAGCCAGAAGAAAAUGGCUUGACACUAAAUCAAUCAUACAGCAGGUCUGUCAUGGAAGUAUGCCUGGCAUCAAUAUUUGAAGUGGGGAUAUUAUGUUCUGCAGAGGAGCCUCAAAAGCGCAUUGACAUUAGUGUUGCUAUCAAGCUGCUACAUGCGGCAAGAGACAAGCUUCUGCAGCGCAGACCAUAACCUGGGUGAGAGUUGCAAUGUCUGUAAUUAUAUACCAGAUAUAGGCAUCUUGAUAUUUUAAACUCCUAAUCUGAAAAGGAAGAAUUUUACCUAUUUAUUUUUCGCAUUUCUAUCCUUUUUAUAUUGAUAACGUG